GAUGCCGGCAGCUGCGCAGGCCAAUCACAGCGCCCAGAAGGCGGGGCGGGGGUUCUCGAAAGCCAAUAACGGCGGGAGGAAGCUGCUUUCCUGAGGGCUGCAGCGCCUGGGGAAGCUUCAGGGAAGGCUCCUGCUGCGGACCCGGCGGCGUGCAGAAUUAUAAGGCUGUCUGCAGAGAUUGGAAAAUGGCAACCAAUGAAAGCAUCAGCAUCUUUAGUUCUGCAUCCUUGGCUGUGGAAUAUAUAGAUUCACUUUUACCUGAGAAUCCUCUGCAGGAACCAUUUAAAAAUGCUUGGAACUAUAUGCUGAGUAACUAUACAAAGUUCCAGAUUGCAACAUGGGGAUCCCUCAUAGUUCAUGAGGCCCUUUAUUUCUUGUUCUGCUUACCUGGAUUUUUGUUUCAAUUUAUACCUUACAUGAAAAAGUACAAAAUUCAAAAGGAUAAACCAGAAACAUGGGAAAACCAGUGGAAAUGCUUUAAAGUACUUCUCUUUAAUCACUUUUGUAUCCAGCUCCCUUUGAUUUGUGGAACCUAUUAUUUUACAGAGUAUUUCAGUAUUCCUUAUGAUUGGGAAACAAUGCCAAGAUGGUACAUGCUUUUGGCAAGAUGCUUUGGCUGUGCAGUGAUUGAGGAUACCUGGCACUAUUUCCUGCAUAGGCUCUUACACCACAAAAGAAUAUAUAAAUACAUUCAUAAAAUUCAUCAUGAGUUUCAGGCUCCAUUUGGAAUGGAAGCUGAAUAUGCACAUCCUCUGGAAACCCUGAUUCUUGGAACUGGAUUUUUCAUUGGAAUCAUGCUUUUAUGUGAUCAUGUAAUUCUUCUUUGGGCCUGGGUGACCGUUCGUUUGAUAGAAACUAUUGAUGUCCAUAGUGGCUACGACAUUCCUCUCAACCCUUUGAAUCUCAUCCCUUUCUAUGCUGGCUCUCGGCAUCACGACUUCCACCACAUGAACUUCAUUGGAAACUAUGCCUCGACGUUUACGUGGUGGGAUAGACUUUUUGGAACAGACUCUCAGUUCAUUGCCUACAGUGAGAAGAUGAAGAAGGCUGAGAAAAAGACUGAAUAAACGUUUCACAUAAACCUUCCUGAAGAUACACAUUUCCUGAAUCAAAGCUAGUAGCUAACAUUGCUUCUGGGGAGUGGAAAUAAACACGUGUCUCGGUUGCUAAGUGAUAAAAAGAACAUUAACAAAUUCUAAUUAUCUUCCUAGUGGGAACUUUUGUAUAUUUAAGUACCGUUUACCUGAGGAAGCUUUAAAGGCCAUGUUGCUAACCUUACAAAAAGGAUUUGAGUAACAGAAGCAGUAUUAAUGUAUGUUUUUUCCCCAAGUUGUACCAUAGUCCUGAAGCUGAAAUUGGUGUUUGAACCUUUUAAAUAUAUAGGGGCCAUUUCAAGAACUCUUAGUAGAUUAAACUUUAAACGCUUUUGGGGGAUUUGAUUAAAGAUCAGAUGCCAUGGGUUGAACCACACUAACCUGUAUGGUGUGAGUGAGCGCUGGAUCUGAAGUAGCCGGCACCGGGGAUUUCUACUCUUAUCUGAGCUCACCGGCUUGAGCUGAUUCUCUUUCUUUGAGAAGUCCUUUCUGACUGCAGUGUACUACUGUUACCUGUAAAUUAAGGCAUUUCUGAAUUGGUGAAAGACUAUUUUAGUGUAAAGGUUUUCAGGUUUGAAGUUUUUAAAAAUCAAGCUUUAUUUCUGCUAUUUACCCUUUCAUUUUUGUAUAUCAAGUUUUCAUUAUACUUAAGGCUGUGUCUAGAAACUUUGUGUACUGACUUGCUGUAUUUGCACUUGGAGCUAUUGAAAUAAAUGUGACUUUGAUUAUUUGGUU